AUGAGCUGCGGGUCCAGGUAUUCCUGGAUUUGGCUUUACCACCUCUCUGGUCUGGGCUGGUUUGAGCAUCUCAGCUUCCUACAACUGCCCGCCCCCUUGUUUGCUGCAUUCAACUUCCUGCCCUACCAGAGGAAGUGGGGAGUGAUAGCAGGUGCAGAGACAGCUAGCGGAGCCAUGGACAAGGAGUAUGUGGGUUUUGCUGCGCUCCCCAACCAGCUGCACCGCAAGUCCGUCAAGAAGGGGUUUGACUUCACACUCAUGGUGGCAGGGGAGUCAGGUCUGGGGAAAUCCACCCUUAUCAACAGCCUGUUCCUCACCAACCUCUAUGAGGAUCGGCAAGUGCCAGAGGCUAGCGCUCGUUUGACACAAACAUUGACCAUUGAGCGCAGGGGUGUGGAGAUUGAAGAGGGGGGUGUCAAGGUGAAGCUGACCUUGGUGGACACACCUGGCUUUGGGGAUUCUGUGGACUGCUCAGACUGCUGGCUGCCUGUGGUGCGCUUCAUUGAGGAGCAAUUUGAGCAGUAUCUCAGGGACGAGAGUGGCUUGAACCGGAAGAACAUCCAGGAUUCCCGGGUCCACUGCUGUCUCUACUUCAUCUCACCCUUCGGCCGGGGGCUCCGGCCCCUAGAUGUGGCCUUCCUCCGGGCGGUGCACGAGAAAGUCAACAUCAUUCCAGUCAUUGGCAAAGCAGAUGCCCUGAUGCCCAAGGAAACCCAGGCCCUCAAGCAGAAGAUACGGGACCAAUUGAAGGAGGAGGAGAUCAAUAUUUACCAGUUCCCAGAAUGUGACUCUGAUGAGGAUGAAGACUUCAAGAGACAGGAUGCUGAGAUGAAGGGAAGCAUCCCUUUCGCAGUCGUCGGUUCAUGCGAGGUGGUGAGAGACGGUGGGACCCGACCAGUGAGGGGACGCCGCUACUCCUGGGGGACCGUGGAGGUGGAGAACCCACAGCACUGCGACUUCCUGAACCUGAGACGGAUGUUGGUGCAGACACACCUGCAGGACUUGAAAGAGGUGACACACGAUCUGCUCUACGAGGGCUACCGGGCCCGCUGCCUACAGAGCCUAGCCCGGCCUGGGGCUCGUGAUCGAACCAGCCGCAGUAAACUUUCCCGCCAGAGCGCCACAGAGAUCCCGCUGCCCAUGCUGCCUCUGGCCGAGACGGAGAAGUUGAUCCGCGAGAAGGACGAAGAGCUGCGCCGCAUGCAAGAGAUGCUGGAGAAGAUGCAGGCCCAGAUGCAGCAGAGCCAGGUUCAGGGCGAGCAGUCGGACGCUCUCUGAGGCUUCCUCCCGGCCCGGCCUUACUUCGGCUCCGCCUUCGGUCCGUUUCUUGUCCAAUCCCGGCGCCCUAGACUGCCCAGCCUCUAAUUCCGGAGCCUCAGCGAGUGGCCCACGCCCACUCUUGCACUUGCUUUGUGUAGGUUCUCGCGGCUAAAGGUUCAGCCCGUCCCGGAGUUUGUAGCUCCGCCCCCCACUUCGCCCUGGGCUCACUUCCAGGAGGGGCCUCCAGCCCAGCUCCUGCCAGCCUCUCCCCACCUUGGGGUGUCGCUCCCCUUCAAACUAUAUCUUCAAUAAAAACUUAGCUUCCCGGGCGCCA